AUACCUUUUAAAUUUUACACUCCCCUUAAAUCAAUCCUCAAUGUUGAAACUGAAAACAUCAUAACAACCUAAGAAUUAGGCACCUAAACCUGAAGUAAACUAAAACUUUAAAUUUAGGCUUCCAAAAUUGUGAAGAAGGAUGAUCAAAAGCCUUCUAUUGAUCUUGAGGAAGAAUAAGAAGAAACCAAUCUUGUUAUUGUUGCAAAAAAACCAGAAAAAAAGUAUUUAAGCCCAUAUCAUGUCUAGAUAACCCACUAUUUAGCAAACACCAACUGAUGGUUGGUAACAAUCAGAAGAGUCUAAAGAGCUUCCAACUAAUGGCAUAGGCAAAAAGCCAAAUUCAUCAUUGAAAAAGAAUGACGACCCUAUCAUUGAAAUUAGGAAUGAAGAGUUCCCUGAUCUUGCUGUUGCUGCUGAAUUACCAAAACAAUCUAAAAAACAAAAGAAUUUACAAAAUUAACCAAAGCAAGACUAAAAAAUUUAACCUACCGCCAAUAAUGCUAUGAUAUUUACUAAUUCUAGUUCUAAACCCUAAAGCUAAGCAACUUCUAAUGUUUAAACCAAAAAUACUCAAUUAAAUUCUAAUUCAGGAUCUCUAACAUUCACAAAUACUAAAAAGUAAGAAAACACUGUUUUAUUCUAAUAAUAACAAUAAGAAUAAAUCAAAAAGGCAUAAUAAGAAACUUAAUUCCAGCCUUAGCCAUAAAUUUAAGAAACAUAGAAAUAGAAUCCUCCUCAAAGAUAAAUCAAUAUCACCAGAAACUCAAAUACACUAACUUCUUAAGCAGUCCCUGAAUAAUAGAAACAAUUGAAAGUUGAGGAAUCUAUUCCCACUUUCAUCAACUCUAAAGCUAAAGUAUUUAUUAAUUUAAUUCAAGGGAAAUCCACCUGUAGUCCAAUAAUAAAAAUAGCAAUAAGAAUAAUAAUAGUAAUUACAAUAAGAAGAAUUACCAUAAUAAAAUGAAGAUGAGGAUAGUGAUGGUUGGGAAACUGUUGAAAAGAAAAGAAAAUCUAAAGGGGCAUUGUAGAGAAAUUAAAAACAGAACUAAUGAAAAAUUAAUAUAUUAUACAAUCG